AGGUCUGAGGAAGAAAGGAAGGUUUUGAGGCAAUUUUCUUCUUUUUGUCCCGUUCUCUGCUACCCUCCCCCAGCUCAAAACCUCCAGCCAGAGCCUCAGGCACUCACGGGAAUUUAUCCGAAGAUCUCUUCCUUUUUAGCAUCGUGUCACUGCCAGAUGCACCACGGGCUGCGGAGCUGGUCGGCACCACCACGCACUUCUCCCCUUCCCACGGAGGGAAGCGACGCUGCGCUGGAGCUCCUGGAGGGGGGAAAGUCAUGUUGGACAGAGCCCUGCACGCUCCCACCUCGGAGCUGGGCUGAGCCGAGGGCACAGAGGAGCUUCCCAAAGAACUGACCCUCUCCCAUUCCCAGGGAGGCUUUUUUUGGUGUUUCUUUUUUUUUUCUGAACAAAGGGACAUCGCUCAAUUAUUAUUAUUACUAUUUUUAAAUUUCUUUUUCUCAGAGCAAUUGAAAGGAGUGCCUGGAAAGCUGAAGUAGAAAGCUCAGCCUCUUCCCGCCGGCUCCGGGAUUAAGAAAGUCAACUAAUGCUUCCCAGCGCCGGGAUUUCAGCAGCACGGAGCCUCCCGAGGCAGGAACUGCGACGGCAAAUCCAGCAGGAUCUCAAGGCGGCAGCUGCCUCUCCCCGCAGAUGCCAUUUAACCCUGGAUUUAUGAGCAUCCCGCUCCCGAAAAUCAGCUGGAAAGCCGUCGUGCCUCCCCUGCACGGACAGUGAGAGCUGCCAGCCCGAGCCGGGGCUCCUCUGCUGGAAGAGGCUCUCCCCAGCCCCAUGCAGGUGGAGCAGUGGCACGGGGCUCCCAGCACAUCCCAAGGGCUCCCAGCACAUCCCAGGGGCUCCCAGCAGAUUCCCAGCGCUCCCAGCACGUCCCGGCUGACCAGCAGAUGAGCCAGUGCCUCUCCCCCCCAAAGGAGGCGUGCUGGGGGAACCAGGGCCAGGACACGAGGUACCUGUAUGAUUUUUGAUUCGUAUUUGUGGAUGAAUGCUGUAAAUAUGAGCCAAGAAGAUUUCAAAGAAAGCCACCGAGGCGUGCAAGUGAAUUAAUUUGCUUUUAGACAACAUGUGGCCGGUUUGCAGCCUUUUGCAAGCAGGACCAUUAUUUCUUUCCCAUGCCAAAGGCUGACUGCGUUUGCCCUCCUGCUUUACUUCUGCCGUGGAGGAAAUUUAAGCAAGAACAUGUAUAGUGAAUUGCUAAAUUCAACCAGUGCCACUGAAGCUCAUCUAAUCAUUCAGACCAAUACUCCCUACCUGGGCAGCACCCCGAGACCCGUGAGCUCCUCUGCUCUUUACAUGUCGACAGCCAGGGCGUUGAAAGAAGGGGAAAUAAAUAAGCCAGACCUGGUGACUUACAUCAUUCUGUUUUUCUUUCUGCUCUUGACCGUGACAUUCAUUGUGCUCUUCAUCAACUGCCAGCUGAAAAAUUCUUUCUUUGCCACUCUUCCUUACGACAGAUCGCUCAGGGAAGCGAGGAGCCCGUGGAGGACACAAGCUGUCUGACACCUCCCAGCCCGGCAGGAGCGGGCACCGCGCUCGCUGUGACACGAGGAGUCAGUGCCAUGUGCCAGCGAACGGAUGUGACCCCCGGCAGAGGAGGGCACGGCUGAAAAAUAAGCUGUCUGCCAAUCCAAGUAGCUGUAAAUAAAAAGCUCUGUUAUGCAGAGAAUGCUUUAGCAAACUUAUACGGUUUUGGGCAAAAAAAAAAAAAAAAAACAAAAAAAAAAAAAAAAAAAAAAACCAAAAAAAAAACUGCCCCGUGAUUCCAGAUUAAGCUCUAUAUGUAUGCAAAUGUCAUCAUCCACCCAUUCAGUGGCCAUACAAGGAUAAUUGUAUUAACAACAAUCUCUGAUUUGGGCAUCUGGUGGAGCUUGUUCCCCGUGUUUAUGAAACUACAGCGUCAAAUGGAACAAACAGAGUGGAUUUACCUCCCAGCCCCACGCUGAGGAGAUGAGUUUACUUUCCAGACUCAUUUCUCCCAACUGCUGCUGGAGCUGCAUGGUGAUGCCGUGGGAGGCCUGCCAGGCAGGGGGAGAAAAUGAAAAACGUUUAUUUAGACUUUUGAUUGUUAUUCUGUUAAGGGUGUUUUCGAUGUCUGAAUGCAUCAUCCAUCGGGUUUUAAGUUACCAGUUGUGUGAAACACUUAAUACUUAAGGAAUUUGUUUUCAACUCUCAUAAGCUACAAAGGAAAUCGUUUGCCACGGCAUGAAACCAAAAUAAUCAGGAUGGGGAGAAGUGGGGAGGGAAAAUGAAUAUCAUUAGUACCAUGCAAACUAAUGAAAGGGGAGAGCAGAGUGCUCUGAGUUCAGCACACCAAGUAGAGAACUUCUGAAAGCCAUAAACCACAGCUUUAGAGGGAUAUUUGCUUUACUGCACAGUAUCCCCACUCCUUGUUCUUUAUAUAAAUUAGAAGCAUGAGUUAUCAAUAUGGCAACAGCCUGAUUCAACACCACCAUUUUUAAAUUAUUAAAAACCUGAUUUUGUUCUAAAAGCUUCUGCUUAACCCUGGCAGCUGACACGCUGUUUUAUAGAGGCUGAUUCCUUGUAAACCUGCAGUUACAGCACAAUUCCAGGUCAAGCUGCAUGAACCCCAGAACAGCAUCUGUAAUUCCCACAAACAGUGGGCUAAGGGCUUUUCUUUUUUUUCCCUUUUUUUUUUUUUUUGGCUCAAAACACAACAGAAUUGCAGCUAUUCAGAAACAACGAGUCCUAAACUCUAAUUUAGCUCCAGUUUGGGGUAUAUUCCAUCUGUCAGUGGAAUGGGGUUCAAAUGGUAUAAGAUGCUGUGUCCCUAAAUACAGUCUUAACCUGCAGAGUGCAACAGAGGAGCUGUGUGUGUAUAUAUGUAUAUGUACAUAACUUAUUUCAUCCAGAAGAGGAGAUUUUACAAUGCAAUUACACACUCAUAAGGCCUGCACUCAAGCACAGAGACAAAAUGUGUAUAUACAGGAGUCUGCAAGCUUUUUUUUUUACACAGAAAUUGCACAGUUAAUAAGAGUUCCAUGUCAUUGUCUUGGUUACCAUGGUUUAUUUUGCUCAAGUUAAACUACUAAAUAACAGGUUUUAAUAUUUUAUUCCUUUACAGGUGGCCAAUAUUUCCUCUGAAUCAAAUUUAACUGGUGUAAUUCCGGGCAGUUGCUCUAAUGUAGAAAGCAAGAAUAAAUUCAAGUGUGUUUCUCUCAGCCCUUUUUGAAUAAAUCAAGUUUUAUCAAA